AUGUCAAGAUCAACCCAGAAAAGACGUUCAUCUUCUGCAUCAUAUACCGACCAACCCAAGAAGAGAAGGAAGUCGUCACCAUCAUCUCAGAAGGGUAUCUCCCAUAUGUCACAAAGUCAAUCUUCUUUGAGGUCUGCUCCUCAGAAAUAUCGUGGGUUCUUAGGUUCUUUGUAUGAUACAGUGGCUUCUUUGUUUCCAAGUAAUACCUCUCAAUCAGCUCAGGAGAUACUGAAACCAGAUCCAAAUGGUUCUUUGGCGAUGUUGAUGUCACAUAACAAACCUUCCUCGUCCCAAUCCUCAUCGUCAUUGAUAAAUCAGAUACCCAACGACGACGACUCAGCAGCGGACGAUGCGGGAUCAUCAGCUCAUCCUAUAGAUUUCAGUCAAUUAGAUGACGAUGACGAUGCAGAAGUUCCAUCCCCUUCAAAGGGUAAACGAAGAUCUGUCAGUCCUAAUAAGACCGACACGCAGAGUAUACCUGGACCAAGUCGUCGGAAACAGAAUCAAAACCAUCUGUUUCCUACCGAGUAUAAUUCUUCGCCGAAUCUCUUUCCGGUCAAUUUCGGCAAUUCACAACAAGAGUCUGCUCAAUCUCUAACUACCAGCUAUCUACCGACUCCUCCAGACUCACAACAACAGCAGCACCAGCAGCAGCAGCAGCAGCAGCAGCAGCAGCAGAAAUCGGAACAUGAUCCUACGGAUUGUCUGCCGAAACAGCUAUCAUCAUCAACGCAGAAUCAGCUAGAUCGACAUGUACCCACUCCACCAGAUUCUCAAGUCAUCGAUAAGACAUCUCAAAUAGUACCAACCUCCUUUAAUUUCUCUUCUGGCAAGCGACUAGAAUCAUCAUCAGCACUACGUAAAAAACCCACCAGACCUGAUGUCACCUUAGAUGACACUAUACAUCCUAGGAAAGGAUGGGAAUUUCGCGUUCCAUCUCCAUCUUCCUCCUCCUCAGGUUCGACAAGUAGUAGAAGUACUACUGCCAGGAAGACUCCACAAAAGAAGAAAUAUAAGAGUAAUCUUAGAAAUGAGAAGGAGAUAGCUAUCCAGAGAAGCUUGCUAUCGAGGCUUUUUGCCGAAAUUGUCUCGAUGUCUGAGAAAAACGGUGAUAAGAGGUCAGGAGCAGCUACGAGACGUGUAGCAAAGAUGCUUACGGGUGAUCUGGAUGGGAUUGGUAAAGCUUCUGAAUACGCUACUAAGGCCCUAUCUGCAAAUGGUAUUCCCGAAAUACAAGCAUAUAAAACCAUGAUGAGUAUGCUUGCGCCAAGGCAGAUAACACUGGAAGAUAAGACUUCUCCACAAAUCUCGUCGUUCUCGCCGUUAAGCCAGAGCAAAAUCGCUCGAAAAGCCAAAGCUGAAGCUUUAGGACUAAAAGAGGUCUUUGGUUUUGAACGAGCUCUCAAAGAAUUGAAGAAGAUCACAGAGGAAGAAGAAGCGAAAGAAAGAGAGAUCAAGGAGAAACUGAAGAAACCCAAAGUACCUCCGAAACUCAAACCAGAACAAGAAGCAAAGGUGUCGGAGCAUCUCAACAAUCCUGCUUUCAAGGCGAGAGUUUCCACCGCCGAGUGUGAAUCCAAAUCUAUAAGAAGAUUGAAGAAUGGUACAUGGCUAGAUGACGAGAUCAUGAAUUUCUACGGAGCGUUGAUGGUCGAACGUGCCAAUCAAGUUGGUACAUUGAAAGUACAUGCUUUUAACUCGUUCUUCUAUCAGAGAAUAAGUGAGACCGGGUACAGUGCUGUAAAAAGAUGGACUAAGAAAGUUGAUAUAUUCUCAAAAGACUUGGUGAUCUUCCCUGUAAAUAUCGGAAACAUGCAUUGGACAGCUUGUGCGAUUAAUUUGGCGAAAAAGAGAAUCGAAUAUUUUGAUUCUAUGGGUGAUUACGGGGAUCAUAGAGCGGAUAUAUUUAAGCGAAUUAGGGGAUACCUGAAUGACGAACAUCAAGAUAAGAAGAAAAAACCAUUUGAUUUCAGUGGAUGGACUAAUGAAUUUAAUGAGAACACGCCUCAGCAAGAUAAUGGAUCCGAUUGUGGAGUCUUCUCCUGUCAAACCCUCGAAAUGAUCACACGGGGACGCGACUUGAAAGAACAAUCUUUUGAAUUCGCUUCUGAGAAUAUGCCGUUCUUCAGGAGGUUGAUGGUAUGGGAAAUUGGGAGUGGGAAACUGGAGAAGAGGGAAUGGGGAAAUCCGAAACUGUGA